CAGCACCGUCGAUUCCCGCGAGCCACCAUGGGUCACGAGACGGUCUGGAACUCUCACCCGAAGAAGCACUCCCCCGGCGCACGCCUCUGCCGGGUGUGCGGUAACUGCCACGGCAUGAUCCGCAAGUAUGGCCUCAACUGCUGCCGCCAGUGCUUUCGCACCUACUCCAAGGACAUUGGCUUCAUCAAG